AUUGCCAUUGCUGUCACCACCUCCUUCAGAGAAGAAAGGCAAGCUCUUGCUGUCAUUUCCUCUUCCAAACAUCCCUGAGCCACCAAAGAAGUAUUCCAUGGAUCAAAGUAAGGAAGGUUCCAAGACAACCGAGGGUGCAACACUGCAGCAGGUGCUAAAGAAGUGGAAGAAGCUCGCUGCUGCACCGAAGGACAACAGCAAGAAGAGUAUUAAGUUCCUGAAGAAGACGCUCUCCUUCUCCAACGCCUGGGCGCAGUCCACCGGUGUCCCCAAGGGGUUCCUUGCAGUAUGCGUGGGAGAGGAGAUGAAGAGGUUCGUCAUCCCGACCGACUUCCUGCAUCACAAGGCCUUCCAAGUCCUGCUUAGAGAAGCGGAGGAGGAGUACGGGUUCCGACAGGAAGGUGUGCUGAGGAUACCGUGCCAGGUUGCUGCAUUCGAGAGGAUACUGGAGAUGGUGCAGAAGAAGAAGGAAGGGUUCUGCUACAUCAGUCCGGAGGUUGAGGCUGAGAUGGCGAUGUACCAUCUCCAUCGCCCUCACAAAAUGAUGUGCAGAUGAACAGUAGAAUUCACAGGGAAACAAGAUCUCAUUUGCUUGUUUUCUUGAACUCCUCCAUGGAGCUUGUAUUUGAGUAGCUUGAGUUGUAAUAAUCAUGGAGAGCGUUGUAGUUUCCGAACAAGAUAGAGGUUGGCCCAAAGGAAGCGAUGUGUGUAUCAUAUGAUGCUUUGCUGAGAGAACAUGAAUCAUAAUAGCACUAAAUUUCUGCUCUUGAGCUCUUCAUCAUUCCUGUAUGUGGGUGUGAAGUUGCAGCUGUAGAUUUGUUUACAAGGCAUGUCCUCGAGACAUGAUGAACACUUUACAACACCACUUGGGACAUCAAUAUACUGCUCCAGUGAGAUCACUCCUUGUCAUUAUUCAUGGCAAAAAGAAGAAGAAGAAGAAGAAGAAGAAGAAGACCAAAGAAAUGUUCUUGCUGUCAAUUUGAAGAACUUGGACUUCAUAAAGGUGGAUGAAGAAUGCUCGACAUGGGGAUGAAGAGAUCAAGAGUCGGAUUUGGUCUAACAGAAGCUCUCCAACACUCCCCCCUCCUCUGGUCUAUAGUUGGUGGUGGUAUUGUUUGGCUUCAAACAAGUACUGUUCAAGGUUCUUUCUGUGGAUGUUCUCAGGAUACAAUGGACCAUCAUCUGAUGAUGCUUUUGUCUUUAUUAACGAGUUUGUGAUGUUUAAUCUGCUAAUUUUGUGGUCUCUGUAUUCACUUUUCUGCAUCAUAUUCUUGUGCUAAAAUAGGAUUAGUUUGUUGCUUUGCAGUCCGACCGAUCAAUUAAGAUUCGAGUCACGAAAACAAUUGAAUGCUCACAAGAACCAAAAUUGACUGGAGCCU